CCAAGUACAAGUCACAGAGGUGGAGAGGAGGCCACAGGUUGGACAGAUUUACCUGGGCCAAGGGCAAGUUCAGGCUAAACGGACUUUGGAUUCGGCUGGGUCAGAUGAUAGGAAUUGUGGAAAUUCAGAGUCAGUGGAAAAAUCCAGAGCUUUGUAAUAAUCAGAAUGGAUUUGGGGGGUUGUCCUUGGAUGGGGAUCCCGUACUCUGUGUUUGUUUUGCUUGUGGCGCUGAAUUGGAGGAGGAAUAACAGAGGAAUAAAUAUGUAUAUACAGUAAUAUACACACCUGUGCAGAAUACUGGCUUUCUCCGGAGUCACAAUCUAUUCAGGAAAUUGCUGCUUUGCUAAUGGGAUUGAGAUCUAGGAUUUUAUUUGCUUUGGCAAAACUCUUUGGUUUGAGGAGGGUAAAUGUUUUACCAAUUUAGGAUCAGCUCCAGAAGGGGAUCAAGGAAAAGGCAAAGAGCAGGGGGCACCUCUGAGCUUCCAGUUCCACCUCUGCACCUUGGUCCCUCCACAUUUCACUGCUGGGAUGCACAGAAAGGCUGCACAAGAGCUUACAAUCUACUGUUUUGUUUUUUAAUCGAAUCCUAUUGUAAAUACCCCAAGGGCAGGACAAACGGAUGGACUGGGGAUUCAUUCCAGAGUCGCUGCUACUGGACAGGCAGCAUGAGCCAUUUGAUUCAAUGAGAAAAUUGCGUCAUUUUAAGGGCUACAACAAGAGGACGAUGCCUCCCAAAAGACCCAGCCUAUCAGAAGGAGAAAUUAUUAAAGAAGGAAUACUCAUCAAAUCCCCUCCCCCUUCAUAUCUUGGCAGACGGUGGAGGAAACGCUUGUUUGUUCUGCGGAAAUGUCUGGGAGACGAUUACACUCUGAGUUAUUACUCCCAGGACAGAAUGAGCGAAGAACAGAAAGGCUCCAUCAAUAUCAGCGAGAUCAGUAAAGUUGAUAAAGGCUCCGAUUGCCCCAGAGAAGAACUUGCCUCUACCCUGAAGUUGUACAAGUGCAGCCCCGGACAGGUCCUGGUGAUCCGGACGAUAAAACGCACCUACUUCUUAGUCACCGACCAGGCUGAGGAAGAGAUUGACAGUUGGCACAAUUGCCUGAGUCCCAUAUUGGAAGGGAGUGAGAAUACAUUUAACCCUGAUAAUAUCAGACCCAAUUCCUACCCCAGCGACCACCCUAAUUCUGGGACAGUAAUGGAUCAGGAGACUCAAAGACAAAGAUCCAGAACCGACCCGUCAAUUCCAAUCUUCUCAUUUCAGCCCAAUGAUCUCAGUCGCACUUUCUACGCUCCUCCCUCGCCCCUCCAGCAGGCAGAGUUAUCACUGCGGACCCUCGGCCUGUCCGAUCCCCCCAGACGUUUAUCAUUGGACGUGAAUGGAGACCCUGUGUGCUUCUGCUCCUGUUCCAAGCACCUGCAUUGUGGAAAAGAGCCGAUGCCCCCUCCAGACUAUGACAGUGACCUGGGAAGUGACGACGGCUCCAUAUAUGACACCCCCCGGAGAAUCCAACAGAGAUACAGUGGCCAUUCAGACUCUUCAGACCCUCAGGAAAUUAGUGAAAUAGAUCCAGAGUCAGACGAUGUCUAUGAGCAAAUGUGUUCCAUAGUUACACGAAAUACAAAGAAUGAGGAAAAGCCACAAGACGAGGCCCCUCCCCCUGAACACAAGACGGGACAAGCAACGAGAACUGAGAGCCGAGAAUUAAGCCAAAUGGACCUGCUCAGAAUGAAAUAUGAAUGGGUUGGUACCGACGGGCUACAGAAGAAAGAAGUGACCGUCCCCACGGAACAUCUCCAGAAAUAUCUGGAUGUAGAAGAACUUGGGGAGAGUCUCUACAUCCGCAGAUGGAACGGCCCAAAAGAAACUGGGUGCCUCUUUCGGCACGGGGAUCACAUCGAUAUUGUGAAUGAAUUCAGGGUGAAAAGUCGGGAUGUGUUUCUGCAGAUGCUGAACAACUCUGUACAAAGCACGGUGAAGCUCGUUAUCAUUAGCAACCCCCGAGCGCCCUUAUUUCAUGCAAACAACUGUCAAUGUGGGGCUUCGUGAGAAGGUGGAUGCAAGUUCCCAAAUUCACGUCCAUAAAGAGGCGUGGCCUAUUUCAAUUACCCAAUCAACAUUUGGAUCCGCGGCCGGUGUAAUGAAGAAGCUCCCUGCGGAUUUUCUCUUUGGGAAAAGUCCUGUAUGCAAUUUGCAGUGCCAUGUGCUGGGUCAUGUUAUGAACAUUCCUGCAUUCUGACUGGCUGGAAUGAUGGACCAAUCAGUUUUCAGUUUGUGCAAUGUGAACAAUCAUUGGCUGAUGUGAAUUGAUGAUGGCUCCUCUCCAUUAGGGAACCAUCAGCACAAGUUUCUGUCCAACUGUCAGUCAAGAGUUGGUACAGCUGUAACCAUAUCGCUCAGUGUGGCCCUUGGUGCCCGGCGGCUGCUGCAGUCGGAGUGAAGGGGAAACUGAAGACCCUGAAUAUUAUUUAAACUUAGGGUCACUUCUAUAAUGUGAGUUCUGCUAUGCAGCGCAUUUAAUAAUUAUCAGAACCAAUGAUAUAAUUAAGGUACAGAGAUUCUCUGUCGGGUAUCAGUACAUACACAUGUAUGUUCCUUGUUAAUGUUUAUACAUGUUACUUAUGUGUUCUUAUAUUUGUAAGUCUGUGUUAAAGGGGAAAUUAACCCCCUAGGCUUAUCUGCUCCCUCCCCACUAAACUCCCUGCAAACAAUCCUUGUGUACAUAUAACACUGAACAAUUGUUACAUUGUGUCCUUUAGCCGUUACCAUUGGACUUUCAGCACUUUCAGCACCCGGUGGCAAAUCAUUUCCCCUAGAGCAGCAAUAGAACAUUGCCCCCGGGGGACACAACUGAGAGAUGCAGUAACAGUGUAUCUCCCAAAAUAAUGUAUCGGCUAAAUAAAAAAAGACGCUUCCCCUUUAAUGAUUUAAUCUGAACCUGGUCCCCUUAACUGCUUCUAGGGAGAUUGCUGGGAGUUAAACUCCCUACUCCUUUCACUAAAAUAUUAACACCCCUGGGGUGAACUGACUGGUUGCCCUAAAGUAACUGCACCUUAUCCAGAACUGUCCGAAUUGCUGCAACCUGUUUGCUCCACACUUUCAAUGUACCAGUAGUAAACCUUUUGUAUGUGAUGUAUAUACCCCUCGUAUGCAAUAAAUAUACCUUUUGUAUGUGAUGUAUAUACCGCUUGUAUGAAGAUAUUCUUCUAGCACUUAAAUAAAUCACUUUUAUACCAA